AUGGCCAAGGACAGGAUGGAGGAUGGGAGAGCGGUGUUUCUGCUGCCUGUUGCCCUGCUGCUGCCCUGGGCACACGGCUCCCUGGCAUUGACAUGUGGUCAAACAAUAAUUACCAAAUCUGAGAAAUCAAACAUUUUGAAAAUCCUGGGCGGGGAGCCUGCAAGCAUUACCGAGUUCCCAUGGCAGGUGAAUAUUUUAUACCAAGGGAGACAUCUCUGCGGAGGAUCAAUUCUCAGUGAGUGGUGGGUUCUAUCUGCCUCCCAUUGCUUCAUAAACAAAACUAAAUCUACCUUGGAGAUCAUACAGGAUGACAGAAACCUUAUCACCAAGAACUUGACCAAGAUGAAAGUGGACAAGCUAAUUAUCCACCCCUAUUUUGACAGCUGGCUCUUGGAUAACGACAUUGCUUUACUCCUGCUCAAAUCCCCAUUUAACUUCAGUGUCACCACAGCCCCCAUCUGCCUUUCAGAGGUCACUGACAUACAGAGAUGGAGAAACUGCUGGGUGACUGGAUGGGGCAUUACUAUUCCUCUGCAAGCUGUACAUGAAGACCUGCAGAAAGUCAAUAUCAAGCUGGUCAAAUGGAGAACGUGCUUCCACAUUAUGCCUCUGGUCACCAAGAACAUGCUGUGUGCUGGGAAUCCCCAAGGUGGGAAGGAUGCCUGCCAGGGUGACAGUGGGGGGCCUCUGGUUUGCCAGAAAAUUGACAAUAAAACAUGGUACCAGCUGGGCAUUGUCAGCUGGGGAGUGGGCUGUGGCCUGAAGAAUCUGCCUGGAGUGUACACGAAGGUGUCUAAGUACCUGGUAUGGAUUAACACAGAGACUGCGCGGUCUGGAAGGCCCUACAUGCACGAGCCAGACUCUGGGUACAGUUGGCUUCUAUCACCAUGGGCCCUCUUGUUACUAUAUUUUGUGAUGCUUCUAUGA